AUGGAUCAUCUUAUCAUGGAUGACGUCCUCGCGACGCCGAUCACCACACAAUCAUCAUGUUGCGGCAUCGCACCGCAACUAACCAUCAACGCCAUCGUGCUGCCAAUAGCGCCCACCUUGCGCCGUCUUGCCGUGGACGACGCUGUCGUGGCGCCGAGUACCACGACCUCUUGCCGCAUGCAGCGGCCAUGUCUUCACGUGGACGACGCCUUCGCGGCGCCGAUCGCCACGCCGUCUUCUCCUCAUAACGGCCUCGUGCCGUCGUACCUCCCAUUGGCGUCACACCGUCGUCUUGUGGCAGCUUCGCACCGCCAUCAUCUAGCGGCAUCACACCGCAACCGGCCACCGGCAGCAUCGCGCCGCCGACGGCCACCCACCUCGUGCCGACGUCCUCCACCUCACAUGGAGUCCGCCGCGUCGUCGUCGCCGCCAUCGCUUCCGCGGAUCGACAAGGCUCUAAUGCCAAUCGUUGGCGCCGCCUCCUCGCAGCGCCGCUCUUCUUCUUCUACCUCGAGCUGCCUCGCACAACUCUCUCUUCUCUCUUCUAUGGUUUCUCUCAAGAACACCUGA